AAAAGUUUUGACAGACGGUUUAAAUCUGUCAAAAAAUCCUUGACUUUUGAUGAAGUUUGUUUAAGAAUGCGAUUGUUUAUUACUUAAAUGCGGUUAAAAUUAAGUGAAUCUAUUUUGUUUCCAAAUUAUGCGAAAUAACAUCAAAUGAAGUAUGAAUCGUUAAAUCUAGUGUGGUUAGUUUUUGACAAUCAUACCAAAACAUAUUACGGUGUUGUGGUGCCUAGUACAGUUUCUAAAAUUGUUGCUUUAGUACAAAACCAUGCGUUAAAGUACAGAAAAUUUGUUGUUGACAACAAAUUAAUUAAAUUCGAGAACAUUUCGUCCACAAUCUUACUAAAAAAGUGAUGGUUUCUUAUGUUCAGGAAUUCUAACCAAGCUAGAGGUAAAGGUAAAGCAAAAGCAAAAGGAAAAGGAAAAUCACAAUUCAAAUCAUCCACGAAACGAAAACAAGGCCAUUACACCUCCAAUCAAGAAAAAUUUUUCAGUUUUUUAAAUAUGACUGACAAUUCGGUUGAUAGAACGAGAAGGGCCAAUUUUUCAAAUGUCCCUGCUAAUGGUAUUAAUAGAAAUUUAAAUAUAUUGAACAUUAAACCCACCACUGCUAAGAAAAUUGUGAUAAAGAAUCUUAAAAGUGAACCAAAAUUGCCGGAAGAUUACAGGGAGCAAACAUGGGAUAAGCUAAAAAGUGCUGUACUGGCAAUACAAAAAUCCAUGCCAAAUCAAUACUCUUUAGAAGAAUUAUAUCAGGCUGUAGAAAAUAUGUGUAACCACAAGAUGGCGCAAACGUUGUACUCCCGAUUGCAUAGUUUGACUGAAAGUCAUGUAUCGAGGAAUAUAGAACAAUUUUUGGCAGAGUCGAUGGAUAGGUUUUUAUUUUUAAAGAAGAUGAAUGAGACCUGGUUGGCGCAUUGCAACCAAAUGAUUAUGAUUCGGAGUAUAUUUUUGUAUUUGGAUAGAACAUAUGUGUUGCAGAAUCCCAAUAUAUCGUCUAUAUGGGAUAUGGGGCUUGAGCUGUUCAGUAAAUACAUUUUGCUUAACACUUUGGUCCAAACAAGGGUUGUGGAAGGGUUGUUGAUGUUGAUUGAGAAAGAAAGACAGGGAGACAAUGUUGAUAGAACACUAUUGAAGUCACUUCUGAGAAUGCUAACAGAUUUACAGAUAUAUGAGCAAGCCUUCGAACAGAAGUUUCUGCAGUCCACUGAAAGGUUGUAUGCUGCUGAAGGUCAAAGACUAAUGCAAGAACUCGAGGUUCCCGACUAUUUAGCCCACGUAGACAAGAGAAUUCACGAGGAGAACGAAAGAGUUCUUCAUUACCUAGACACAGGAACCAAAUAUCAACUAAUACACACAGUAGAAAAACAACUGUUAAGCGAACAUGUCACCAACUUGCUGCAGAAAGGCCUUAACGGUCUUCUCGAGGAGAAGAGAAUACCCGAUCUAACUCUGUUAUACCAAUUAUUUAACCGAGUCAAAAACGGCCUGGCAGAGUUAUGCUUGUCGUUCAACGCGUUCAUUAAAAAGCGCGGAAGAACCAUCGUCAUCGACCCAGAGAAGGACAAAACAAUGGUACAAGAACUCUUAGACUUCAAGGACGCCAUGGACAACAUCGUCAUCAGCUGUUUCAAUAGGAACGAGAAAUUCGGCAACUCCCUCAAAGAAGCUUUCGAACACUUUGUUAACCAGAGAACCAACAAACCUGCUGAGUUAAUAGCCAAGUUUGUCGACUUGAAACUUCGCAAGGGCAACAAAGAGACGACUGAAGAGGAGCUGGAAAGACUCCUCGAUAAGAUAAUGGUCCUAUUUCGUUUCAUACACGGCAAAGACGUGUUCGAGGCCUUCUACAAAAAAGACUUGGCCAAAAGACUUUUGGUAGGUAAGUCGGCUAGCGUGGAUGCCGAGAAGAGCAUGCUCAGUAAGUUGAAGCAAGAGUGCGGUGGCGGGUUCACCUCAAAGUUGGAGGGGAUGUUCAAGGACAUGGAGUUGAGUAAAGAUAUCAAUGUUGCCUUCAAGCAGCAUCUUAACACUCAGCAUACCAGAAGCUUGUCGCCGAUAGAUAUGACCGUGAAUAUCCUCACGAUGGGGUACUGGCCCACUUACGUACCAAUGGACGUAACUCUGCCUGAUAACAUGGUCAAAUUCCACGACAUAUUCAAGGAGUUCUACUUGAGCAAACACAGCGGUAGAAAGCUGCAAUGGCAGCCGACAUUGGGCCACUGCGUUUUGAAGGCAAGAUUUAAAACUGCUCCUAAAGAGUUGGCCGUUUCCUUGUUUCAAACUCUAGUUAUUUUGCUCUUCAACAAAUACGAUGAGGUUUCCUAUGAAUACAUCAAGGAAGCUACCAAUAUUGAAGACAGCGAAUUACGCAGGACUUUGCAAUCGCUGGCAUGCGGCAAAGCUAGAGUUUUAAACAAAAUACCCAAAGGCAGAGAAAUCGAGGACAAUGAUAAAUUUAGGUUUAAUAAUGAAUUUAGUCACAAUUUAUUUAGGAUUAAAAUCAACCAGAUUCAGAUGAAAGAGACUACUGAGGAACAGAAGGCAACUGAGGAAAGAGUUUUCCAAGACAGGCAAUACCAGAUCGAUGCAGCUAUUGUUAGAGUUAUGAAGAUGAGGAAGACUCUAAGUCACAAUUUGCUUAUUAGCGAAUUAUAUUUACAACUCAAAUUUCCAGUUAAACCUGCAGAUUUAAAGAAGCGCAUUGAGUCAUUGAUUGACAGGGACUACAUGGAGAGGGACAAGGAUAAUCCGAACCAAUACAACUAUGUUGCCUAGAUGUGAAUCUCUGUAUUUUCCUUGUAUGAUUAAAAAUAUAACACUACCCAGUAGAUUCAAAAAUAAAAACAAUUGACAAGUUCUAGUCCAGUAAAUUUCUGGCCAAUCGCUGCAUUGUAUAUAUAUUUACAGAAGCGUUAUUACAUGUACAAGGUACAUUUUUUAUUUAAAUACAAAAUUUGAUUGUGUAAAUAUUCUGAUAUGGUGGAAUUUUCAUUUUAAUGUAAAUACGAAUAUUUGAAAUCGCAUCCCAUACCUAUAUGGUUUUAAUAUUUUUAUAUAUACAGGGUUCAAGUUAAUUUAUAAAUAAAGAUGUUUUUGCGCUAUAAUAUUACUUCUCCGUACUUGUUUAUGUAGAAAUAUACAUGUCUAAAGUUAAAGUGCAAAAACCAGACUUUAUUUUAAGGUUUUCCCUUUUAUGUCAGAUGAACUCGAGAUAACUUAUUUAACUUGUUGGUGGAUAACAAUGAUAGAAACCUCCUUGUAAACAAAAUAUACAUCCAAUUCUUCUUAUGAUGAAUGUACACAAUUAUUUUAUUUUUUUUCGUGUUUUACUUUUAUGUUUCAUUAGGUUUCAAUUUUGUAAGUUCAUUUUAAUAAAGUAUGGUUUUGAAAUCA